CUUUCACUUCCAAAGCUUCAAAGAGACCCCCGUUUUCUGCAAUGGCAGAAUCACGGUCUCCUAAGCGCCUCAAAAUUACAAGGGGGGAAGAUGAUUAUAUGCCCGGAAACAUUCUUGAGAUUGAGCUUCGUAAUUUCAUGACUUUUGAUUACUUAAAAUGCAAACCUGGGCCUCGAUUGAAUCUUGUAAUUGGGCCCAAUGGUUCUGGGAAGAGUUCUCUCGUGUGCGCUAUUGCUCUUGGUCUCUGUGGAGAGCCCCAGUUGCUUGGGCGAGCCACGAGUAUUGGGGCAUAUGUGAAGCGGGGAGAAGAGUCUGGCUACAUUAAGAUUACGCUGAGAGGGAACCAUAAAGAAGAACACAUUACCAUUAUGCGAAAAAUAAACACUAACAAUAAGUCUGAAUGGUUGUUCAAUGGAAAUAUAGUGGCCAAAAAGGACGUGGCUGAAACCAUUCAAAGGUUUAAUAUCCAAGUCAAUAAUUUGACUCAGUUCUUACCACAAGAUAGGGUCUGUGAGUUUGCGAAGUUAACUCCUGUGCAACUUCUGGAAGAGACUGAAAAGGCUGUUGGUGAUCCACAACUUCCAGAGCAACAUUGUGCAUUAGUUGAUAAAAGUCGUGCAUUGAAGCAUAUUGAGCUGUCUCUGGAGAAAAAUGAAGGAACUUUAAAUCAGUUGAAGGAACGGAACGCUGAAUUAGAGAAGGAUGUUGAACGUGUCCGUCAAAGAGAUGAACUUCUUGCCAAGGCUGCAUCAAUGAAAAAGAAAUUGCCUUGGCUGAGGUAUGAUAUGAAGCAGGCAGAAUACCGGGAAGCUAAGGAGCGUGAGAACAAUGCAGCAAAGGCAUUGGAGGAAGCUGCAAAGUUAUUAAAUGAUCUGAAAGAACCUAUUAUGAAACAAAAAGGGGAGAAGGCUGCAUUAGAUGCAAAAUGUAAAAAGGUUAGCAGCUGCAUAAAUGAGAAUGCUAAGAAGCGAAUGGAACUUAUGGAGAAAGAGAAUCGAUUGGAUGUGGAAUUACGUGGAAAGUACAAAGAUAUGGAAGAGUUAAGGAGGCACGAAGAAACUCGGCAACAAAGACUUAGAAAAGCUAGGGAGGAACUUGCUGCUGCUGAACUUGAACUUGAGAAUCUACCUCCUUAUGAACCUCCUAAGGAAGAGCUUCAAAGACUAAAAGCUGAAAUAUUGGAGUUGGAUAAUUCUGCUAGUCAAGUGAGACAGAAUAAAUCACAGACAGAAAAUGAGAUAAAGCGUAGAAAGUCAUCCCUGAUGCAGUGUCAAGAGAGGUUGAAGGAAAUGAAUAAUAAAUAUACCAAGUGUUUGCAUAUAUUGCAAAGAUCUGGGGCGGAUAAAAUUUUUGAAGCUUAUAAUUGGGUCCAAGAGCAUAGCCAUGAAUUCAAGAAGGAGGUUUAUGGCCCAGUUUUAGUUGAGGUGAAUGUCUCAAAUCGGGUUCAUGCUGCAUAUCUAGAGGGUCAAGUUGCUCAUUACAUUUGGAAGAUAUUGGAGAAUUCUGUCCACAGCUUGCAAGUGUUUAUCCCUCGGAUCAUGCAUAAAUCAUAG